AUGGCGACGGUGAAGUGUUUCCGGUCCCUGGCCGCCCGUCCAUGUCUCCCAAUUCCAUUCGCAGCCCAGCGGUUGGCACCCUCCACCUCUAUAUCCCGGCGGAAUGCCUCCUCAAAACAUCCCAAGGGCUUUGAGGCCCCGACCUCGAGCGAUCUCGCAGAGCUUCGAGAGCGUGUGCAGGAGUUUACUCGGCGUGAGAUAACUGAAGAAGUGGCGUCGAAGACGGACAAGUCGAACGCUUUCCCGAACGAGAUGUGGCCUAAGCUAGGAGAGGCAGGUUUCUUGGGGAUAACGGCCGAUGAAGACGUCGGUGGUAUGGCUAUGGGGUAUCAAGCACAUUGUAUUGUUCUAGAAGAGAUCUCUAGGGCAUCCGGGUCAAUUGGCCUAAGCUACGCGGCACAUUCCCAACUUUGCGUCAAUCAGUUACAGCUGAACGGCAGCCCAGAGCAAAAGAAGAAAUUCAUGCCUGGUCUGAUUGCUGGGACGAGUAUUGGGGCUUUGGCGAUGUCCGAAAGUGGAGCGGGAAGUGAUGUUGUUAGCAUGAGAACCACAGCGAAGAAGGUUGAUGGAGGAUAUGUGCUCAAUGGCACUAAGAUGUGGAUCACCAAUGGCCCCGACGCGGAUGUUAUUGUGGUAUAUGCGAAGACGGAGCCAGAUGCUGGAUCCAAGGGCAUUACUGCUUUCAUCGUUGAGAAAAAGUCCGAGGGAUUUAGCUGUGCAAGGAAGCUGGAUAAGAUGGGUAUGCGCGGGAGCAACACCGGCGAGCUGGUCUUUGACGGGGUAUUUGUGCCCGAAGAGAACAUCUUGGGACAGGUCAACCGUGGAGUCAAGGUACUAAUGGAAGGCCUCGACCUCGAACGUCUGGUUUUAAGUGCCGGCCCACUUGGAAUCAUGCAAGCUACUUUGGACGUCGCUCUCCCAUUUACACACCAGAGGAAGCAGUUCGGUGUUCCAAUCGCACACAACCAGCUUGUCCAGGGGAAGCUUGCAGACAUGUACACAAAGCUGCAAGCUUCGAGAGCGUAUACGUAUGAUACUGCUAAGAAAGUUGAUGAGCUUGGCCAGGUUCGUACACAGGACUGUGCUGGUGCUAUUCUCUAUGCUGCGGAAAGAGCCACGGAGUGCACAUUGGAUUGCAUCCAGCUACUUGGCGGGAUGGGAUAUGUCGAGGAAAUGCCAGCAUCAAGACUACUACGAGAUGCCAAACUGUACGAGAUUGGGGCGGGCACGAGUGAGAUACGCAGAAUGGUCUUGGGCAGGGCUUUUAACAAAGAAUACGCAAAUCUAGGCUUAUAA